CUAUCACUGGCGACCCUGGAAUGGUGCAUAAUGUUGGCCGGCACUUGGGUGACCUUUUUUCGCCGGCGUGAAGAUUAGGCCCUGGGAUAAUUUUCGCCUGCGUGGCACCACCCACGACGUUUGCCCCCCCACGUUUCAUGGGCAGUGUUUACGCGAUAGUGCUGUGAGGAAGGUGAUGGGUGUGGCCAGGGACGUUGUGCUGCACUGCGUCCUCUUCCGUUUUGGCUUUCAGACCACGAUGGCCCGCCCGAGGCCCCCGAGGUCUCUCCAGGUAGCCAGGUUGCCGAAGACGGCUGUAAGUCCGAAGGGCCAAAAGUAUUCGUUCCAGACGCUCUACGGUGUCAUUGUUGCCUCUAGCCGUUUCCGCUCAUCAUCUUUGUCCAGGUGCCAUGCGCGGCCAGCUCGUCGGCGUCGGCAUCGAUAGAAUAUAGGGCGAGAGUGUCGGAAGAAAAAGGGGUCGUCUUCGCAGACAUCGGCGCGUAAUUUACCUGCGUACGAAGUCGCGCGUACGCGAUUUCGUUUCUAAAGUAGCGUGCCGCAUUGGCGGCCCGCGUAAGCCAGCGCGUAAGGUUGCCAUGCCAUCUCGCGGAAGAACCGUGUCUUUUCGUCGUUCAUGUGUGUUUGCCUUGUUCGGUUCCGCCGAUAGCGCGCAGCUUGUAUCGGCCUUGGCAACACUGCCUGCGUCGCAGUGAAGUGCUUCGGUGGACAAGCACAUACUAGCGCCGAGUCCAAUUCUGCACCUUGUGCCAGAUCAGGCUUGAGCUCGCCAGGUGCGCCGAGGGAGGUCGCAGAGGCGGCCCCCAUCGUGCCCACGGUAGUGCCGGCCAGCAGGAGACCAGCCGCAUCGUGGGCAGACGUUCCGUGGUGUCUCGGCCGCCGCGUGCCGAAGCCGCAGGAACCGCGUCAAGCGAUUGGCGCUUGCGAAAACGUCGUGCCGAGGAGCCUCCAGCCGCGCCUCGUCCCCCGCCCCACGAAGGCCGUCCUGGCGCCGCCGAUGCUCAGCCCGGCCCCGUCCGCGCCCAGUGCCCCGGCCGCCACGCCUCAAGCGGCUGCAGACGCCUUCCUCGCCGCCGCCGCGGCGGGCCAGCGGGCCGGCGCGCAGCGCUGGCCGGGCAGGCCUUUGUGCACGGGGCCCAACGGCGGGGGAACGCCGUGGGACGGGCCUGGGGCGGGCAUGGCGGAUGAGGUCGAGCUUGGCGACGCGGGGAUGAAAGAGUGGUGCGACUGGAUGGGCCGCCGCCUUGCCGCCGAAGGCGGUGGCGAGAGCGCGGGCGCGCGCAGUGGCAGGGUGCGCUUCAAGGCCAGCACGAUCGACUUCUCUGAGAACAAGCUCAGCGCCAACGGCACCAAGGCGGUCUGCAAUAUGCUCGAGAAGUACGGCGUGCGCUGCGACGUGCUCAGACUGACAGGAAACAACAUCGGCAACGAGGGCGCGAGGUGUAUAGCUAGAUACCUCAUGGGCUCGAGCCAGGCGCCCGCGCUGGAGCUACAUCUCUCCCGCAACAGGGUCACCAUGGACGGCGUCAAGUGGCUGCUGGGCUGUCUUGCCCUGCACCCGGCGUACCCGGUGUGGAACAGCGAUUCCCAACGCUUCGUGCCGUUGUGGCUCAAGGUCGAGAACGACAAGACCAAGGGGGCCUCGGGCUACAAGGCGCUGAAGUCAGCGUGCAAGCAGCUGUCUUGCUCGGUGUGCCUCGGGGAGACCAGCGGUGCGGCGAAGUGCGGACCACGGCAGUGCGUGAACGGCGGCUGCUGCGACGAUCUCAAGCACAGCUGCGUCGCCCACCUGUGCGGCUGGGACAGGUCCGCCGCCUCAGAGCCGCUGCCUGCUCCGGGGGCGCACGCCCGGCCCAUGUUCGACAAGCCGGGGCGCGGCGCGGUCAAGGCCCCGCCGUCCAACGCCGAGGCGCCGCUCCGCGAUGAGCCUCGCCUGCUCUACGAGGACGCGGACCUGGCGGUGGUGCUGAAGCCGCCCGGCUGGUCGUGCCUGUCGCAGCCCACGGGGCUCGACCCCAGGUGGGCGAAGUUGUCUGGGUUGGCCAGGAGAGCCAAGGUGGGCGACCUGAUGUGCGACGCCGUUGUGCCGGCCCUCCAGGCGUGGCUCUUGCUGCGGUUCGGCGCCGACCCCACCUGCGACGCCGCGCGCGACCAGGCGAGCGACCGGGGGAUGGCCCACCGGCUCGACGUGGACGUGUCGGGGCCCCUCCUGGUGGGGAAGACUCUCCGAGGCUACGAGCAUGCCAAACGACAGAUCGUGCUCGGUGUGCUGAAGGACUAUGUCGCCCUCGUUCACGGCACCUUCUCCACGGACCGCGGGGAGUGCACUGCCCCGAUCGACUCCAGCAGGUAUGAGUCGGAGAAGCGCGUCAGGGUGAGCGCGGAGGGCCAGCCCGCCAUCACCGUCUGGGAGGUCGUCGCCGAGUACGAGUGCCCAGAGACCCAGGAGGCGUACUCCCUCGUGCACUGCCGGAUGGUAACCCUGAAGACGCACCAGAUCCGGGCCCACAUGCACCACCUGGGCAACCCGGUCGUGGGCGACCCCGUCUACGGCGAGGGAGGGCCCCCCGAGUGGUGCCCCCGGCUUUUCGUCCACAAGCUGCGCCUCGGGUUCUUCGGCGUCGAGGGCGAGGCCAGAUUCGAGACGUGCUCGCUCCAGACCGCCCCGGACCUCUGGUCCGCCCUCGGCGGCCUGCGGAAGGUCGGAGGCAUGGCCGCCAAGGGCUGCGGCGCGCCUGGGCUGUGAGGGAGCGCGCGCCAGUGCCGGCGCCUGGGGGGCGGGCUGCCGCCGACGGGCGCACGGUCCCCCCCGCGGCGAAGACGGCGUCGCGCUGUCGCCGGAGUGGGCGGGGGGGGUAGGCGAGAGCGAGGGGGGGAGGAGUCAGAGGAGGAGAGCGUACCGAUAGCUGCAGCCACCGUUCCCUCGCUGUCGCCUCUUCGGGGUCUACUUGAAGGCCCUCGUCGCCACCGCUGGAGUCGCCUCGAAAUCUUGGUCAGAAUGCGCCCCAGGAGAGAGGUCCGAGGAGUGGCGGCGGUAUCGGGCAUCGGUAACUUCUGGUAUCCC